ACGCAGCCGUAGAUUAAAUACGCGACCCGUCGCCGUCACCGACACCAUAAAUCCCGCGCUGCCGCACAGACGACCGCCGCGGACACCGACCACGCCAUAAGCCCGACACAGCCGCCGCCCGCAGCCAGGGGGUGCGUUUCGUUCGAAUAUCAUUUUUUUUUUUUUUUUUUUUGUAUUUUUUACCCGCACGACCGUCUAUAUACACGACGAGAGCGGAGUGAGCGUUUGCAUGUGACCGACGCCGCAACAGAAUAACCCGAUAAUAACAAUAUUAAUAAUAAUAAUAAUAAUACGCAAAACUGUGCGUAAUUAUUGCUAUCGUAACAUUAUAUAGUGUUCGGGGGGGUUGCCGCGCGUGCGUGUGAACUCGUGUGUGUUACUUUCGAUUUCUGCAACAACGCUCGUCGACGACCAGACACAAGACGCGUGCGUUUAGGAAAACCCGUUCCGCGUGCGCGUGUGUGUGUGUGUUCGUGUGCCAACAACGAGUGUGUGUGCGCGUGUGUGCACAGUGCAAUUCGAAACACAAACACGUAUACCAGUUACAUAAAUUAUUCGCGUUUUGACCGCCGGCGUCGCGAGUCCCGUGUGAUGUGGUGAAUGUUCGCGCGCAAACGAUGGCAUCAACAAUCGCAUCAGUAGAAACGGAACAGAUCAAACAGGAGAUCGCAUCCGUCGUCGAAGAAAAACAGAGUCCCGCAGAGACCACACCGGCCAACGCAGUCGACCGAGACUUCACCGAAGAGAUCGUAGCGCCGCUGCCCAACAUCAAGUCGGCCCCCGGAGUCACCGCCCCGUUGCCGAUCGUCGGCAAGGCGUUCGACUUGAAGCGCGCCAGCGUGUCGUCCGUGGACAGCGACAUAUCGCUGUCUUACGACGCGGCGCCGUUUUACCCGCGUUCGUUGAGCCAAACCGGCGGCAUGUCGUCAGCCAACAACUCGAGCGGGUCCGGCACCGACGACGGUGGUCGGCACCACUCGGUCGCGUCCGCCACCGCCGGUAUCAGCAACACGGAUUCGUCCGAUUCGGCGUACGAGGGCGGUCAGGUUAAGUCGGGCGAUGAGUCCACGCCGUUCGUGGCGCCCGACGAAGAGACCACCAAGCGCAUCCUCGACCAGGUGGAAUUUUACUUCUCGGACGCGAACAUUGUCAAGGACGCGUUCCUGUUGAAGCACGUCCGCCGUAACAAGGAAGGAUACGUGUCGCUGAAGCUCAUUUCAUCGUUCAAGCGGGUGAAACACCUGGCCAAGGACUGGCGGGCCGUCGCAUACGCCAUAACCAAGUCGGAAAAACUGGAACUGAACGAAUCCGGAACGAAACUAAGGCGUAAGGAGCCUCUACCCGCGUACGACCAGACGACACCGUCUCGGACCGUGGUGGCCAUCAACCUGGCCGAGGAGAAGCCGGUGACCAUCGAGACGGUCGCCGAGCUUUUCCGCAGCUGCGGCGAAAUCGCGUUGAUCCGUGUGCUCCGUCCGGGCAACCCCGUACCGUCGGACGUUCGUCAUUUCGUCAACAAGCAUCCGGAGAUGGGCAGCAACGUGAGUGCGCUGAUCGAAUUCGUGCGCACCGAGUCGGCGCACAACGCGAUGAGCAAAGACUGGUCCUCGGAAAAGGCCAAAGACGGGCAGUCCAUGUGCGUGCUCGAGCUCAACGCUCCCGCGUCCAAGAAGAAGGCCACAGCGGCCGCCAAGAAGUCGCCGAUGAACCGGCUGUUCGACUCGGAGUACUCGUCGUCGUGCCAGAGCGGUUCCGAGGCGGAGGACAGACAAAAGAUGCGCAUGCAGCGCAAGGUGUCGGCCAACACACUCAUGCGGUCCGACUCUUCGUGGAACCAGCGCAGGUGGUCCAGGGACUCGGGCACCGAUAGCUCCGCGUCCGGAUACUCGCGGCGUGAUUCGUACGUAUUGCCGCCGCAGCAUCACAUGCAGCAGCCCGGCGAUUACGGCCACAACAGGCGUAUGUCGUCCGGUUGGGACUCGAGCUCAGAUAGCUAUUACUCGGGCCGAUCGCGUUCGAGCAGCGGCGUGUCCAUACCGGAAACGUUCGGAAUGCGCCGUUUCUCGUUGGCCAACAACCGUGGCCCCGAACAUCAGCAGCAGCAACCGUGCUGUUGUUGCGGUCACAACCAGGCGCCGCCUCUGCCACAGCAGCAGCAACAGCCGAUGGCCAUGCGCAGACACUCGACACAGGACAACGGCCAUCACUACGACAUGAGGCGGUGCAGCAGCAGCAGCAGCAACAGCGGCGGCGAUAUGAUGAUGCGCAAGGACUCGACGUCGGACUUCUGUUGCGGCAGUCAACCCCGAGACGGAUUCCACAACUGGUCGCGCAAGAGCAGCUCGUCUUCGAUGGGCGAAGGUGGCAUGGGCCGUCGCCUGUCCGUCGACUCCGAUUCGUCGGGCGGCAGGGGACGCAGGCCCAGUUUGGGCCUUGUGACGCCGGAUAACGUGGUAAGAAUGCCCAAAGGUCCGGACGGUUGCGGCAGCCGCGGUUUCCAGCGGGAACCGAUGUUGGAUACCACUCUUUACGAGUGAACAGCUGAACGAGACGACGACAUGACGAUAAUAUUAAGAAUAUAAUAUAAUAAUAUUAUCGUUAAGAUUAUGGUUAUUAUUCAUUAUUAUUUAUGUAUGAUACAGCAACCAUGUGAAUUUAAGAAACCCGAAGCAAGGCAAAAAAAAUAUAUCGAUCUAUAUAAUAAUGUAAUAGGUACUUUUCAUAUCUGAUAUAGGUAUAUAUAUGAUUAGUUUUUAAUUUAAGCGGUUUGGAUACUUAGGUACUUGUAAGAUAAAAAUGAAUUUUAGGAAUAAGGGCGACAUCCCUGCCUCAUUUUAUUGGCAGUAGGAUCCAUAUAAUAUUUAAUUUAUUUUUAUGUCAUAAACAUUCCAUAGGUAAUAUGUAUGUAUGUGAAUCGACCAAUUUUAUCGGCUGUACGAUUUUAUUUGUCGAAUUCGGCAUCAUAUUAUUUGCGUGCGAGUAUUUUCUUAUUUUAUCGUUUAUACUUUGUAGAAGUUGAGCCAUUUGAGGUUUGGGUACAUAUCAUGAUGUUAUAUUAUACCUGCCUCGAUGACUUUCGAGAGCUUCGAUUUCGCGUUAAUUUAUUUAAUAUUUAUUAUGUUGGCAUACCAUUUAUUCAUAUGUUUAUUUGUAUUACACGUAUUUAUA